CUUGACAUGUGAACGAACAACCUGCCGACAUCCAUCCGUCUGCUGACAGAACGCAAUGGCGGAGGCCCUUGCCGCCGUCGGCUUGGCAAGCAGCAUCGUCGCAUUUGUCGAUUUCGCCCAGAAGGUCGUAUCGCGGCUGAACGAGUUCAGCAACGACCUCAGAGACGGCACGAACGCCCUCUUCACCAUCCAGACGCAGCUGCCAGUAAUCAUCGACGGGCUGAGGAGGAUCAAGGAGCGCGCGGACUCUGGGAGGCUCGACGACGGGGCCAAGGCGGCUCUCCAGCCGAUCGUCUCGGCUUGUCAGGCACAGGUGCAGCUGCUGAAUGGCAUACUGGACAGCAUCCUGCCGGCCGCGGAUGCGUCCAAGUGGGAGCGCAGGAGGAAGGCCAUCCAGAGCCUGACGGCUGAUGGCCAGGUGAAGAAGGCUUCCGAGAUACUGAGCCGGCACCUCCAGACCUUGACGUUCUACCACUCCAUCGGGGAUCCUGUGCCGCCCCAGUCGGUCGUCAAGAAGGUCUUCUGGCUUGUUCCUUUCGACCGGAACGGGAACUUUGUCGGCCGGGAAUCUGUCUUCGAUCAGAUUAAUGAGGCGUUCAACGUGUCUGAGGGAAGUCAGCCAAAGGCUGCCCUCUAUGGACUCGGAGGCAUCGGAAAAUCCCAAAUCGCCCUCGAAUACUGCUUCCGAGAACGUCAUCAUCAGCCGGAAUGCUCCAUAUUCUGGGUGAACGGAGCUACAGUAGCCCGUUUCGAAGAGUCCUUCCAGCUCAUGGCAAAAGAAUUCGGCCUCAGUGGCGGCGACAACGCUGUGAAAGACAAUCUUACGUCGGUCAAAGUCUGGCUAGAGACUGAGUUUGUCGACCCAUGGGUCAUGGUCAUCGACAACGUGGACGACGAGACAGCAUUCUUCCGCGAGAAGUGUCACAAUGACAAAAGUCCUUCACAAGUCCUUCCGCACUGCUCACACGGGCAGCUACUCUUCACUUCAAGAACCCGAGAUGUGGCAUUCGACCUGGCGAGUCCGGAAACACCGAUAUCUGUUGACUUCUUGUCGACAGAGGAGGGUCUGGAUCUGCUGCGGAAAAGACUUGGUGCCGAUCAACCAGAGUCUGACCUCGUGGAACUACUCACCGAGCUUGGUCACAUCCCUCUGGCCAUUACGCAGGCUAUUUCGUUCAUUGUGAAGAGGAGAAAGUCGGUGAGACAGUAUCUGGAACUGUACCUCCAAGGCGAAAAGUCCAUGAGCCGCCUCCUCAGCCACGAGUUCCUCGACCACGGCCGACAAGAACAAACAAUGGAAUCAGUCGCCAGGACAUGGCAGAUUUCUUUCGAGUGGAUCCAGAAGAACGACCCCAACGCUGCGGAGAUAUUGUGUCUUAUGGGAUUUUACCAACACCAUGGCGUCCCUGAGAAACUUCUGCACAUCGCAGAUGUUGAUGAUUUUGUGUUCGAAGAAAGCAUUGCAAUGUUGCAGGCGUUCUCACUAUUGGAAGUGGACAAGGAGAGGAAAAGCUACAGCACACACAGGCUCAUCCAGAUCACCACAAAACUCUGGCUGGAGCAGAAAGAGUUGCCUCAGUUUGAGCAGUGGCCACUCCGAGCACUGAAGCAGGUCAAGAAAUGUUUCCCAUGGGGCGAUCAGGAUGACGUCAAACAGGAUGACUAUUGGGUUAAUUGCCAGAGUCUGCUUCCACAUGCCACCAUUCUUCUUGAACAUCGUUUUAAAUUUUAUAAGAUGGAGUCUGACCUUCAAAAAGCAACUCUGCUGCUGUCCACUGGACAUUACAUCGAAUGGGACGAACCGCACGACGAAAAUGUCAAGAGAGGCUACAAGGAAUCUUUAGAAUUAUGCCAAAGGCAUCUGGGCUCUGAUCACCCCUCUACUUGGGCAAGUAUGGGACAUUAUUUUCGAUCCGUCACUCACAUUGACGCCGUCUAUCCGCCGAAUAUAGAUAGCAACAAGGUGGCCGAGAUGGGGCACGCGCUUGUCAGCCACUAUCGUGAAGUUUCUGGGCCUCGCCAUGUGGAUACCAUCUCAAGUAUGAGUAGCAUGGCCCAAUUUCUGCACAAAGAGGGGAAGUUUGAUGAAUCCGAAAUCAUGCAGAGACAAGCGUUGAAAAUCAGUGAAGAGGUGCUUGGGCAUGCAGAUGAUCAAACCCUCGCAUGUAUGGAGAAGUUAGCCAGGACCCUUGAGGCCACGGGCAGGUUCGAGGAGGCGGUGGAAAUUCGGAAGGAUUGCAUAAAUACCGACACAGAACUUGUUGGCCAGGCACAUAGGUGGGUUAUGAAUGGGAAACACAACUUGGCGAUCUGCUUAGAAAAGGCGGGAAGACUUGAUGAGGCUAUUUCCUUGAACAGAGAGAUAAUGACCUUGAGAGAGGCAGUACUCGGUCGUGACCAUUUCGAGACGCUGUCUACGGCGAGAAACCUUGCCUAUGCUCUCUACGCAGGCCGAAGAUAUGAAGAGGCGCGAGAUAUUCUUGACCACAUUUUGAACGUGAUCAAAGACGGCAAAAGGGUCUAUCAUGCGCCGCUAAUAACAGCACAGGAAAUAAUUGAGUUGAGAUCGGAAUUUGAGGAAGAAAGAGAUCAACUCGAACCUUAGCGACAGCUCUUCGACGGCCGGGACUAGGUACCUACUUACCUUAGGGUACCUAGGUACCUAGGUAGGUAGGAUAGGUAGUUGGUGGAGUCCUCUGCGUUAUGGGGCAUCAAUGCAGACUUCUCUUGGACGCCAA